GCGCCUUUCUUUAUAUGCGUUUGUGUUGUGUGAUUAUGCUCUAUUCUCAUCGCAAAGUCGCAACGCUUCGUGGACUCUGCCUAGAUUUAUCUUGAGUAUCAAGUGAGGCGAGCUGGUGAUAAAAUGGACGCUUCAAACGAAAGGCGUAGACAAGAAAAUAGGAAUAAUGCUGCAACAUUCCUUGCGGAAGUGAAAGAUACGUUUCACGAUCAAAGGGACAAAUAUGUUAUGUUCCUUAGCAUUAUGAAAGAGUUAAGGAACGUAAGGAAUGAUCAUUCUAAUGUGGAGUCUGUGGUUGCUCGAGCGAAGGAGUUGUUUAGCGGACAUAACAACUUAAUCAUCGAAUUUAACGCCUUUUUGCCAGCUGAUUAUAAAAUAACUGUUGAUGACGAUGAGGAAGAAGACUCAUGUAUUUCCACCGCAAGAGACUAUUGAGAUUUCUUGUCAUGCAUGAAGGGAAGUGCACAUGCUUUUACAAAUAUGGUGACACCAAAAUAUCCACAUUUGUCUCUCUCUCUCUCUAUCUAUCUAUAUAUUGGUUCUUGAUGGUUUUAUCAAGUAUGUUGCUUUGUAAUCCAUGAGGAAACGUUUGAUUAUAAUGAAG